AUGGAUUUGACAUCAUGUCUCCAAGUGAUGUUCGUACUUGUCGCCGCCAUAGCACCCCACGCCAUCAUGGCGCGCCAUCUUCACACCCACAAGUUGUCCUCGUCUAUAUUUCCCCAACAUCUUGUGGGAAGUGGGAAGGGCCACAACAUAGAAGGAAUCCACAACGUCAGAGCCUUCCUCCAACGUUAUGGUUACUUGAGCACAAAUGUGGAUACCGAAGGCAACGCCUUUGAUGACAACUUGGAAUUUGCCCUUAAAUCAUACCAAAAAUUCUUCAACCUCAACGUGAGUGGCAUUUUGGAUGGGGAGACUUUGGAGCUAAUGUCGCAGCCUCGAUGUGGAGUUCCCGACGUGUUCAUCAACGAGACGGGCGGAGACGGGAACGGGGACGGGGAUCACCCCAUAGGACUUCAUUACACAUUUAUCAAUGAUUUGAAACCGAAAUGGGGGACGUCCAAAUACAAUCUGAAAUACGCAUUUGUUGGGAGUUUUCCAAAACAGUACAAGGCUACAGUGGUUCGAGCCAUGCACAAUUGGAGUUCAAAAAGUGGAUUUAAAUUCACAAAAGGUAGUGCGAAUAAGGCAGAUGUUAAAAUAAGCUUUGAAGUUGGAGAGCAUGGAGAUGGGCAUCCUUUCAAGGAGGGAAGUGGAGAAUUGGCGCAUGCUUUUGCGCCUGAAGAUGGGAGACUUCACUUCAAUGCGCGGGAGGCUUGA